AUGAGCUUCCCAUUCACACCUACACCAAAGCCACCAGGCACAUAUUUCCAGACUCCGGCGGCCUCGCACACUCAUGGACCUCUUUUCACCUCAAGACCUCUCUCUCCGCCCUCGGGCAACGCUGCGGGCUCGAAUCUAGCUGCCUCGACCGCCGCUCGUCCCAAGAUGCCCACAUCGGACAUAAAGGCAAAGCCUGAAGUAAUAAUCGAACGCGUUGCGCAGGUAGAACGAAGAAAAUCAAAGGCUAACUUUGUUAUAUUAGAGGGUUUCUCCUCCGAUUACGAUAUCCCUAGCUCACCAUCAUGGGCGCCGUUCCAGAAAGUGAAGAUGUAUAGGAUCCCAGAUCAGAUAUUCGAUCAGUAUAACCGCGCGCAAGUUUCUACCAGCAUGGGCUUGUUUGCGGAACUAAACCACGCCUGGGUCACAAUCGACAAUGCGCUCUAUCUCUGGGACUAUACGCUUCCAAAUCCCCAAUUGGUUGGAUUUGAGGAGCAACCUAACAGCAUCAACACUGUCAAACUCGCGCGGCCGAGAAAAGGCGUGUUUCUACCAGCAAUUACCCACUUGCUCAUCAUCUCUACAACCGCGGACGUCUUCCUCCUGGGUCUUGGAUGUGAAAAUACCGGUGGCUUUAAGACGGUAACUUUAUACCAAACCGGCAUGUCAGUUCCUAUCAGAGGGUUAGAUAUCAAUGUCCUUGCAUCGUCCGAUUCGACCGGACGGAUCUUCUUUGCUGGGUCUACCGACAAUGAUGUCCAUGAACUUACCUAUCAGCAGGAGGAACGAUGGUUCCAGGGCCGCUGUGGUAAAGUCAACCAUACAACUAAGAGCUUCACCGCAUUUGCGCCUCAAUUCAACCUCCGAAACAAACCAGCUGAGUUUGUAGAACAAAUGGUAGUUGACGAUAGCAGGAAUCUCCUAUACACCCUGUCUUCGAAUUCAUCAAUUCGAGUCUUUCACCUGAAAGCUGAUGGAUCCGUCAAUCUUACUAUUACCAAGACCGCAAUCGAUAUUUACUCUAACAUUGGCCAUAUCAUCAGCUCUAAUGAAACACUCAACCCUAGAAUCAAAAUCGUUUCGAUCAGCCCCAUUCCAGCGCCAGAGGCCUCCAGAUAUCAUUUAGUAGCUACGACUGCCACUGGUUACCGGAUAUACCUCAGUGCUACCGGCUCAUAUAGCUGGUCGGCUAUUCCCAAUGCCACUAAUGCUCCUACAAGCAUGCAAGCACAACAUGUCAAAACUCCACCGUCUGAUUCUCCAUCCGGUCAACUGCCACAAGUGGCUCCGAUACCAGGAGCCCCAUUCCAGCCUACAGGGCCUUCAAAACUCCCAAUACACUCGCUGAACCCUACUAGCUCCGCUGAACGGUUCCCUCCCGGUUACUUUUUCUGUCUCACGCAGAAAGACCCCUCAAAACAAGCAGAUACGUUGUUUAUCUCUGCCCCUGACUCCGGAAAACUUGCACUACCACGAGAUCCUUCUAUGCCCGUAAAACCAGAGGAAACUGGCAUUUGGCUCACUCUUGGCAGUCGAGCUGAGGCAAUUGGCCUCUAUACUCCAUACGACCAAGGUGGCCCAACGAGCGGUGGCUUUGGGAAUGAGCUAUCUGUUCAGUUCGAUAAGCCUGCCACUGAGAUUGCUAUUUUAACUAACACUGGGGUUCACAUCAUUCGCCGAAGACGGCUCGUCGAUAUGUUUGCUUCACUCAUUCGUAAUUCGGAUGGUGAGGAAGGACUAGAUGCUCAAGUCCAGGCAUUUAUUCGGAUAUACGGCCGAAGUGAAACGAUAGCCACUGCGCUCGCAGUGGCGUGUGGCCAAGGAAUGGAAGUUUCACCAGAUUCUCGUCUUUCGAAGAUUAAUGAUCCUGAUGUUCUCGACUUUGCCCGAAAGGUUUUCAUAGAGAAGGGAGGGAAGCCAACUAUUAACGAAAACGCAGUUACUGAUGGGUCUGUCCCAGCCAUUGAUACGGUUCUGCCUUCUCCUCGGCAUGCAGGCAUCGCUUUGUAUACUUCCCGGCUUCUUCGAUCUAUUUGGAAAACUGUAAUAGCAAAGCAAGGGCGAACGCCUUCUGGGGGCCUUUCUAUAUCUCCAGCAGUCCCUACUACCUCAUUACUUUCCGUCCAACGUGAUCUUUCUGCCCUUCAGGAGUUUUUCAACACCAAUCGGACUUUCAUCGAAGGAUUGAGUGGACCUGAUGCGCUAUCGAAGGUCACCACAAAACAAGAGGAAGUUGCUUUGCAAGCUGAGCAUCGUGGCCUUCACUCUCUUGUACAGCUAAUCUCCCAUACAAUUGAGGGAAUCUCGUUUAUUUUGGUUCUUUUUGACGACAGAGUUGAGGAUGUCAUUACCCUGCUGAACGAGGAUGCUAGAAACCGUUUCUUAGAGUUGACAUUUGAGCAGCUCUUCGCCACAUCUAGGGGGCAUGAAACAGCAAAGGAACUUGUCAAAGCCAUUGUGAACUGCAACAUUGCCAAAGGCUCUAACGUUGAAACAGUCGCUGAAGCUUUGCGACGAAAGUGCGGCACUUUCUGUAGCUCACAGGAUGUCAUUGUAUUCAAGGGUCAGGAGCUUCUCAAGAGAGCGACAGAGGCCGGUCCAAACUCGGAGAUUGGUCGAAACCUACUGAAUGAGAGCUUGAUGCUUUUCCAGCAAGUGUCGGAGAGCCUCCCCAUGGACUACCUAAAACCCAGUAUCGACCAAUAUAUCAAAAACCAAUUCUUUGCAGGCGCAAUACAACUUGCCCUCAGUGUAGCCGCUGAUUCUGAUAAAGCAAACCAUGCGCUUUCUUGGAUUAUGGAUGGAAGACCAGCUGAGGACCCCCGACAGAAUAGUUAUGAAUCUCGGCAGCAAUGCUACGACCUCAUUUACAAGGUGAUCCUUGCUGUAGAUGAGCUUUCUGAGCAAGACAACUCUGAGGGCCCAUACAGCCUCAUAGCACGAAGGAGAGCUGAAGCAUACGACGUAAUUACCACCUCGCGGGACGAGGUUUUCCUCACUAGCCUUUAUGACUGGUAUCUCGCGCGCGGGUUAAGUGAUAGACUCCUUGAAAUUAGGUCCCCGUUUGUUGCUACCUAUCUUGAGAGAAAAUCAACAGAGGAUGUAUUCCACGCCGACUUACUCUGGAAAUAUUAUGCCCAAUCCGACCGAUUUUAUGACGCGGCUGUCGUGCAAUUGCAACUCGCGAAAAGCCCAUUCAAGCUUACUUUGAAUCGAAGAAUCGAGUACCUAGGUCAGGCAAGGGCAAAUGCAUCGGUGCAUUCACCUGAUGUUGGUCGAGCAACACGACAACGUUUACAGCAUGAAGUUGAGGAACUUCUGGAUGUCAGCCAUGUUCAAGAUGACCUAUUGCAACGCCUAAAGGAUGAUGUAAGGCUAGAUAGCGAUCGCAAAGCUGAUGUACUGGAGGCAAUGAAUGGAGGCAUCAUGGAGAUUAGCAAGAUGUUCAACGAAUAUGCAGCUCCUGGGAACUACCAUGAUAUCUGCCUUCAGAUAAUGUAUCUUGCAAACCACCGAAAUGCUUCAGACAUCACCACUACCUGGCAAGACUUGAUCCAGGGAGUCCAUGAAGAGACGCUGAAGAAUGGGACGCCCCUACCAUAUGAAGCCGUUAUCGAAAAGGUUCGCAGCCUGGCACAUAGACUCAGGAUGUCUGACGUUGCUUUCCCUGUUAAAACUCUCCUUCCUAUGUUGGAGCGGUACAAGCUUGAACACCAGAAGAAUGACGGGCCUCCAACCUGGGUUGUUGAUCUCUUCCUUGAACUACAGGUUGAGCCGGAGGUGCUAUAUACCGUCCUUGAGUCUUUGUUUUAUAACGACGAGGUACCUUUUCAUGGAGCCAAUCGGAAAUACAUUGGCAAUGAUCUCGCAUACCUUAUUUCAAGAUGGUUCAACGAAACAGCCCGGCUCGGCGGCGCGGCGUUCGGAAGCGAUGUAAUUGCCGCCAGGGUCUCGGAAAUGCUACUCCUACUACAGCAGUCUCGAUUGGAUAAGGAUGUAGUGCAGGCAUGUCGAGAUAUGAGGGUGAGACUUGAGCAGUCCUUCCGUUAA